AUGGGUCCUUCCGAGUACGCUAUCCCCCCCGGAGGUUGGGUGCUAGUCACCGGAGCCAAUGGGUAUAUUGCAUCACAUAUUGUCGACAUAUUGUUACAGUUGGGAUACAAUGUUCGCGGAACUGUUAGGCAAGAGAAGCCAUGGCUAGAUCGCUUUUUCGAAGACAAAUACGGCAAGGGCAGAUAUGAGAGCAUCGUCGUGCCAGCAAUGGAAGAAGAGGACGCCUUUGCCUCUGCUGCCAAAGGGAUGAACGGAAUCAUCCAUGUGGCCACGGACCUUUCGCUCACCAGUGAUCCUCAUAAAGUCAUACCGGCUGUCCGAGCUGGCCUGAUUAAUGCCCUCAAGGCGGCUUCGAGCCAAGAGUCAGUGAAGCGCUUCGUUCUGACGUCGUCUUCUACUGCGGCAAUCAUUCCUGAGCCGAACAAAAAGGGCGUCGUAGUCGACGAGAAUACGUGGAACGAUGAUACUGUCGCUCUCGCAUGGAGCGGCAAGGCACCAGAGUCUGCACAAGGCUAUACAACGUACGCAGCUUCGAAGACUGAAGCGGAGCGGGCCGCAUGGAAGUGGGUGGAAGAGAACAAGCCCGGGUUUGUUCUUAACACUAUAUUGCCAAACUGCAAUUUUGGCCGAAUUCUGAUACCAGAGCAUAUGCACGGUUCUACCAUGGGCUUCGUUCGUAACUUUUUCAAGGGGAACUACUCUGCCCUUGGAUUGCUGCCACCACAAUAUUUCGUCGAUGUCAGAGAUACCGCUCGUCUACACGUGGCAGCCCUUCUUGACCCCAAUGUCAAAGCAGAACGCAUAUUCGCCUUUGCAACAGAGUACAAUUGGACGGAUGUGCUUCACAUUUUGCGCAAACUACGCCCAAACCAGGAGUUUCCUGACGAUCCCGAAAAUGAAGGCCGUGACUAUUCAAAAGUUGUUCCUAUAGCCAGAGCCCAGAAGUUGCUUAAAGACUUUUUUGGCCAGGAAAGCUGGAUAUCUAUCGAGGAUAGUCUGGCAGAUGGGAUUGAGGACCUCUAG